GGUUUCUCACAAACCAGCUUGUUCUGAAUGAAGCAAAAACUGAAACUCUUUGUUUUGAAACUAAACCUGUCAGUACGGUUGGAACAACGACAAAAACUAAAUUUCUGGGUGUAGUGUUGAGCACUAGUCUGUUGUAUAAUGACUAUGUAAAUAUUUUAUGUAGUAAAUUAAACUGGCCAAUUUAUGCUAUACGGCAAAUAAAAUAUACCGUCAACGAAAUAGCUGCAAUUACAGCUUAUUAUUCUCUUUUUGAUUCUAUUCUACGUUAUGGACUUUUAGUUUGAAGCUCUGCAGCUAAUAUACAUAUUGAAAAAAUGUUUAAAGUUCAGAAAUCUGCAAUAAGGUGCAUUGCUAGUUUAAAGCAACAUGAAUCGUGUAGGCCUUGCUUCAGAUCAUUGAAUAUAAUAACUUUGUAUGGCCUGAUUAUCUAUGAAAAAUAUGUAUUGGCUAGAACCAACAGUGAAGAAAUCAAAUUGUACAAUGCGUUGCCAGAUGAGGUGAGAUCGCUUCAGCUGAGCAGAUUUAAAUGUAAAUUGAAAUCUGUAUUAACUAGAGCUUGUAUUUACAGCUUUGAGGAAUAUUAUGCUUUGGCAAGAGAUAGGCAGGCCUUCUUGACUAAAUUGAAUGGAUAAUUUAAUAAUGUUCUUGAUAUUUUGCUAUAUUAUUAUGGUUAGAGUACUUUUAUGUCUGCGAUACUGCACUUUUCUUUUUUCAAUACUGACAUGUCUAUGA